AUGGCAGCGCGAGACCCCUUUCGACCAGCAUUUUCUCCGAGGCGCCCCGCAAACCCCUCCGGUCCAUCCGCGGCAACCUCUCCGCGCGGAUCCCCGUGCCCAUCGCACCUCGUGCUACUCGCGCUCGAGCUCUGUCCGAAGCUGCAGCAGCAGCAGCAGCAGCAGCAGCAGCAGCAGCAGCAGCAGCAGCAGCAGCAGCAGCAGCAGCUCGAGACGGGCGCCGCCGCGGUUCACCCUCCCAACCCCACAGGCGCUGCUCACUUCGCGCCGACAUCGAUUUCCCGAUUCGCCCCGCCGGCGGCCUCCGCGCUGGCGGCGGACGAGGCGGCGCUGGGCGCGCUGGAGGUGUGGAGUCUGGGUGUGCUGCUCUACUCGCUGCUUACCGGCCGGCAGCCAUUCCUCGGGCGCUCCAACCACGACACGCUGCAACGGAUUCGCGCCGCCCGGGUGCGGUUCCCCCUCACCGUGCGUGCGAUCAUGCUGUUUGGCGACGCCAAGCGACUCAUCCGCGAAAUGCUUGCGAUAGACCCUGCUUCGCGACCCACGCUAAAGCAAGUGCUCGCACACUCGUGGCUCGCUUCCCCUCCCGUCCGAACCCGCACUCCCAACGGACCCGGCUUCCGCCCGCGAAAGCACCUCCGCGUAGCGCGAUCGUGCGCGCUGCUUUCGUGCAUACGGGUCAGCGACUCGGUCAGCGACUCGGAACGCCCCUGA